GGUUUAGAAGCGGCCCGCCGGUGAUGCUGCGCCGUGGAUACUGCGAGGACGCUGAGACUUGCUGCUGCGGCGGCGUUGGUGGGGGAGGAGGUGGUGGUGGUGCUCUGGGCAACUUCAAGACUCUGCUGUUGCCCCCCAAGCGUUCAGUCAGCGCCGCCAUGAGCGACCAGAGCGGAUACGAGGACAGCGACAGCAGCAGCGUUGGGGGAGGUCGGCAGCUGACGGGAAAACAGCAGCAGCAGCAGCAAAACCAUGGUGCCGGGACUCAGUGUGGCUCACAGGCACAGUACACAGACUACCGCGUGCAGCGUGGCGCUGAGGCUGCAGCAGCUGCUGAAGCUGCUGGACAGCGGCAAGAGGAGGAGGAGGAGGGCGCCACGGCCAAGGAGCGGCACGGGGAUGCCGAGUCGCUCAACAGCGGCAACACGGGCACGCGCACGCCGCUGUGCAGGAUAUGCUUCCAGGGUCCCGAGAAGGUGAGCAGCGGUGAUGAGGAGACAGACAGACAGGGUGAGCUGCUCAAUCCGUGCCGGUGCAAUGGCUCCGUGCGGUGGACUCACCAACCGUGCCUGCUCACGUGGAUCAGUGAGCGCGGGUCAUGGUCCUGUGAACUCUGCUACUACAAGUUCCGCGUGCGGCCCGUCAACACCAAGCACCCGACACAGUGGCAAGGGGUGUCGCUCUCGCCCAUCGAGCGGGUCCAGGCCGCCGCGGUGUCCCUGGGGUGCCUCUUCCUGCUCGCGAGCCUCGUGUGGCUCGUGUGGUCAGGCCUGAGCCCCGCCGCCACGUGGCAGCGCCGUGACGUCCUCUUCCAGAUUUGCUACGCGCUCUACGGCCUCAUGGACAUCGUCUGCAUCGGCCUCCUGGUCCACGAAGGCCCUGCCGUGUACCGCAUCCUCAAGCGGUGGCGCGCCGUGAACCAGCGCUGGCGCGUGCUCAACUACCAGAAGAACGUGGACAAGCUGGGCAAGACGGGCCCGGGCCGGGCCUCGGCUGGCUCCUCCGUGCUCUCGCCGCUGCGCUUCCACUUCGGCGUGCUCUUCCUGCACCUGCUCGAUCGGUUCGGAUCGGGUCAGGAGGGCGCUGAGGCGAGCGGCGUCACCCCAGAGCUCGUCAUGAGGGUCACGACUGUUUGAGGCGCGCAAUGCCGGGCGCACGGAGCUGGGUGGCGGUGCGCCACGAAUCGUGGCUGCAGGAGGACGAGACUUGCAGCGGCCAACGGAGGAGUUAUUGGGAGAGAAAAAAAACUUGCGGACAGAUCAACGCGGAUUUUUAUGAAAGUACUAUUGCGAUUGUUAUUAUUGCCAUCGGAAUUUUAUAGGCGAGGUGGCGGACGGGCGUGCGAGUGCCGCUGGGUGGUCGAGGGUGGGGGGGGGUCAUCAAAAGGACGAUGAAAAUUGAAAAUGCGCGACCCCUUGGGCCCAGAUCUCCAUGUGGCCGCGCUGUCAACAAGGCACCUUACACCUCAAUCCUACGCUGGAACUCCAGGAGCGAGACCGGAGCCGCUUUGGGCUCGCUCCGCCGACCACGAGAAGGUGAUUGGCUUUGACGAUCGCGCACGCUUGUGGUGUCCCCAGCGGACGAUUGGAGGCGACUUGAAUUUUAAUGUCCCGAACGCGUGCAAUGGCACUUUUAAAAGCUCUCCGAAUCAUCCUAGCAGCAGCACCCGACGGCAGCCUCUUGUGAUGUCGCGUACGACUUUACAGAGGGGGGUGGCAAGGGGCGGGGGGGAGGCGGUUGGUGAGACAAACAGCAGCGUGCAUCGCAGGUUGUGCACCGGCACUUUUCAAGUUUAUAUUAAAUCGUGCAAGUCACGGAGAAAAGCACGCACACGCAUACCACAGAAUAUUUCAUUUGCCCUUUGUUUUGUAUUCUUCCACGCUACUGAAUAACCAAAUAUUACAAACAGUAUGCAACGUGUGUGUACACACACCGCACGUGCGUCUGACUAAGACAUUCAGAUGCGCAAUGCUUUACUUAUUUAUGUUGUUGUAAAACGUUUUAAGAAUUUAGAAUUUUGCAACGGUUUGGUUACUACCGACUAUCAUUUAUUGCACAGUUGUUGAAUUUCACAGACGAGAGAAAAACCCCCAUGGCCGAUGAGUCCGUCUCUUGUGCAGACAAUGCUUUACCGUCGAUGGUUUUGUGCAAGUCCACGCGCUAGGCAGUGGUUCUAUCGGGAGGGAUUACGCUCAUGCACCCACACGCUGUGCUGGCAGACACCGCUCUUGCUCGGGGCGGAGGCGGAUGUGUGCGAAAUCCAUCUGUGCUUCUACACAAUCCCUGGCUUUUCCUGAGUGCGGGGGAAGGGGGACACGGAGGAUGGGGUUUGCGUGGCUAAAAUCUGUACGACGCGGGAAAUAGGAAGGGAGGGGGAUAGGAAAGGAAACACCCUGGAUGGUAUGAGCCAGGGAUUUGCGGGUUUAGGAAUGGAGGGUAUGGUGAACGGUUACAAAUGGGUGCCGUAUAGUGCGACACUGCGGCAGCCCAACCCCAAACUCAUUUCUAACCCCAACCCCGGACCCCGAAACCAACCACAACACCUGUGAAACACCAUCCAUUCCUCUCUCAUGCCCGCUUGUGUCGUAUUCAUUUACACGUCAACUACCCACGCCCCAAAACAAAUUCUAAUAGUUUAAUUUUUCACUCCGCUAUAAUAGCGCCCAAUUGGGUACACAAACAAAAUCCAAAACCAUCCCGACCCAGUGUCACUCAGCCGUGGUCAGUAGCAGCAAAGUGUGAUGCGGCAUUAACAAAUCCGUGCAUCGUGCCAUCUCCAAUGAAUACACGUGGGUGAGAGAAAGGCUAAACUGUCCCAGCUGUAGUCACGUGCCACACCGCUGCCUUACAGGCCACUGCAUUGACACUGAUGCACCAGCACUAUUUCAGUCCACGACUGUAUGAAGGCCCCCCCCCCCCACGUCUUGGUGGGUUGUGGGGUUUAUUCGACCAUACUUCACCACGCUGGUCGGUGCAGGCGGGUGAAGGCGGCGGGGGACCAUUUACGUGGGAGCUAAGAAGUACGAUACAUUGUGUGUGUUUGUUUUAUUGCCACUCUCCUCAUGGUGACAUUGCUGCCCGGUCGCAGCCGAGAGCACCUGUGUUCUGCUUGGUGGUCGCUCAUCGCAAGCACUUGUCAGGGGCUCAACCCUUGCUUAGCUUUUGGGCGUGUUAUCAAAUCGGGCAAUUUGGGCAAAGGGGGUGGAUCGUGUGCUUAUGCAUUUUGCCCCCCCCCCCCGCCCGUUAUGACGAUAUAGAAAUUGCUUCAUAUUAUAUUAUUUAUCGAAUUCCCAGCAUCAGCAGCUACGGCGGAGCAAUGAAUGUGAACGCCUGGAGACAUCCCAUGUUUUAUUCAUCGGCCGAAUGCGAAUCACCGAGAAACACUCGCCUGAGAUGAGUGAACACGCGGACAACCACAACUUCACAUUCUCCAUAUUUUUUUUUAUUUCAAGUCAUUCCUCCGUCUCGCCGAAAAAGAUACCCCCCCCCUUACCUUCCACCCCAUGAAUGAAUUGUAUUAGUGUGAUUGGCAUGGCAGUCAGAACAAUGUAUAUAUGUAUACAGCGUACGCUUAUGACCAAGUGUACCCUGAAUGUGCCUGAUAUCGUCUGAUCACGGAAGCUAAGCAGGCUGGAUUUGGUUAUUGGCAGUUGGAUGGGUGACCACCAGGGUGUGCGAGGUGUUAUCGUUGGGAUGCGAGGUGGCCAGGGAAUGGCAGUGCCGAGUAUUGCCCCAGUAUUUGCGUGGCACGGUUUCUAAAAAAAGGGUACUCAAUUUUUUUGGGGUAAUUGGCCAAACAUCGCAUUUAUAGAUUUGAGACACAGCGAGGCUUUUUUGGAUAGACAAUUGGCUUUGGCAUCGUGCAGUGAAGCCUCGCCGAGUCUUACAACGUCUCAGAAGGGUUCCACUCUGGAUAUCUGGCCAAUGUAUUAUCGAAGGAGCGUUUAAGUGGAUAACGCUCGCAAUGUGUGCGCGGACUCUUACAGUGGACGUUGCUUCUUGCAGUUUGCACUCUGUCGUGAGUCUCUAUCGCUGCCCAUCGAUUUCUGCCGACGUAUCCUGCCCAAGUCCACAUUUCUUAACGGACACGGGACUCAUUUGAACUUGCCAUUUGUUUUCUCAUCCAUGCAUUCCUCUUCCCGUCUCUCAGUAGCAAACCCAAGUCGUGCACCUCUUCCAUGCGCCGUUCGUGUUUAAGUCACGCCGCCAAUGCCUGCGAUCCAGUCAUGUUCGCGCGGCUGGAAUGGAUUGGUCCCCCUCCCCCCCGCCCGUCCCACCUUACCUAGGCCGUCAGCGAUAAACGAGCGGGGGUGGGAACAUGCCGCUCUGCAUGCCAAUUACUGCCAAGUGUUCACCCGGGGGAUGCUGCCAUGGAGAAAUGGAUACACCACAGUUACGUCGAUCGGCAGGUGGCUCGCGAUAGGGUGAAGAGUCGCGGGUGAGAUACAGCGUGAGUGAGACACUCCGGGGGCUGUACUUGUUCUAUUUUUCCAGGAGAGCGUCGUUGGAGUCUGUAGAUGAUUCUAUUGGUAGUCGGGCACGGCGUGAGUGGCCAGCACCACGCUACGCUGCCUUAGUCUCCCUCGUGGCGAUGUUUACACACCGUUACAGAUACUCAUUUGAGGCUGUGUCGACCUAGGGGAAGCCCAGGACCGGUUUAGAUAAUGGGCACUGGUUCAGAACACACACACACACGCGAGGGAAUAACAACACAGAAGGCAUACUUCACAGACUCAGCAAAUUAAAGCCGUGGGACUCAUCCAUCGCCGCGUACUGGCAUCUCUCGACCACCGCAGCCUCAUCACGCCUCCUCCGACAUCCAAACACCCGCGCUCGAGUUCUUACGUAAUUCAUCACCCGCCCCCGCCUAAGCAACACACGAUGUACGGUCGGACGCGUCGUGGGUUUCCCGCAGCGCACACGUGGAGGAGAGGGAGCAGUGGUGGGGUACGGUCACACGCUGUGCGCGGUUUGAGUACAGAGCUCCCAAUAUUCUGAUGUCUGUCUGCAGGCAGUUUGUCAUUCGGUACACGUAUUAAGUCCUUUUGUAAAUUCCACUGCUGAUUGAUGGUCUCCCCACGCUGUUCGAGCAUACCCUGGUCAGUGCGAUGUUGGUCAAGGCGGGGACCAGAAGUACGGUUCAGAAAAAGAAUUACGCUUCAAUAUCUAUCACUGACCACCACGUGGCCCUGCAGCAGCCUAUAACACCUGGUUACGCAUGGUAGUCGCCCAGCCAAUGCUCGGUUACCAACGAUAUCCAGGCUCAAUUUAACUUCGCUUCCGAUAUCUGACGAGAUCGGACGGAUUCCUGGGGAUUUUAUAACAAAGGCUCUCUCACAGUGCCAUUAAUUAAUGAAUAGGGGCGCGUGAAAUGGUCAUUAUCACGUGUAAAUGGAGAACGAUUCUAAACGCGCGUGUGUGGAUAUGGGCGUUAUCUGGACAUUGGCGCUCAGAGCUGCCCGGAUCGGGAAUGGUGUUCUCUAAGCGGUUUCACACUAACCGGAUAACACAAAACCAUUGCAGGCAUAUUGAACAAGCCGAUGAAAACCUAAUAACAUUUCACACACACAACACUGGCAAAUUUAGUCCAAUUGCUAUCGUUCAUGUGCAUCGUACCAUUUUUCUAUUCCGUACCACGGAGAAUUUCGUCAGAGCCAGAGUUGCCUGAAGUAAAUGCGUAGCCGGUGAAAAUUGCGCUAAAAUUGCCCCAGUGUAUCACGGGUUGAAAUACUAUUAAAGGCCAAAUUGGCAAUUGUGUUAAAAUUUGUUUUUUAUCGUAUUUUUGUGUCCUGUUGGGUAAUUCCGUUUGUGUUGACCUAUAUAAGUAGUUGUUUUAAAUUACAUUCCCAGCCCUUUUGUUAACCCACUGUUGAACGAAACCCUCUCCACGCGGUGUCAAUUAUGGAGGUUGUUUGACCAUAACACUUCACCGCGCUCUCCUUGUGAAGGCGGCGGGUGGAAGGUUGGUGGGGGAUCGAACUCAGGUAUUUGGGUUCAAAGCGGAGUGCGCUAACCAUUGCGCCGUCACUCUGCCCCAUCGUAAUUCUGCACUGUAAAACCCUGUUGUCAAUAUACUGUUGUAUGUACGUAUGUAGAACUUCUUUAGCACCGCAGGUAGCCAACCAUGCAUAGCAGGUGGUGGUGGUGAUGGUUAUUUGACCAUACUUCAGUACACUGGUCAGUGCGGGCUGGUGAAGCCAUGGCAAGUCAUGCAUAGCACAUCGCUGCCGUGUAUGUGCAAUCGGUAAACCCUGAGUGAUGAGAGAUUCAUGCUCGUGGUGAGUUGUAGCACAAGGACCCUUCUGAUUACGUUCGGUAAAAAAAAAUUCCAUGCGAAUGAAUCUCGCCUCUCCGCACGGAUCUGCACAAGAGACAAUGUCGUAAUACAGCGAUUCCAAUCGUCACCAAAUGCAAAUACUAUGCCAACGUUCCUUCCCCAAGCGAGUUAAUUGAUGACUUAUUUACAAUCGCUGUUAUCGAAUUGCCAUUUCAGAGAUUUGCGAGUGCUAAUUAUGUAAGUUCUUUAAUAAUUCUAUACAUGUAAGACCC